CGCGCGCGGGGUGUGUGAGGACGCGCUCCCGGUCGCUGAGUGCCUGAGCCCAAGAGCGGCGGCUGUGGUACCUGCUGCUGCCGCCCGUGCGGACGCAGAGCAUCGGACGCGAGCGCUGUUGCGUGGGGCAGGAAGGUGAAGCCAUGACGUCCAUCAGUGAAAAUAUUCUCUUUGGAAUGGGAAAUCCUCUUCUUGACAUCACUGCUGUAGUGGAUAAGGAUUUCCUUGAUAAGUAUUCUCUUAAACCAAAUGACCAAAUCUUGGCUGAAGACAAACACAAGGAACUGUUUGAUGAACUUGUAAAAAAAUUCAAAGUUGAAUAUCAUGCUGGUGGCUCUACCCAGAAUUCAAUUAAAGUGGCCCAGUGGAUGAUUCAGCAGCCACAUAAAGCAGCAACAUUUUUUGGAUGCAUUGGGAUAGAUAAAUUUGGGGAGAUCCUGAAGAAAAAAGCUGCCGAAGCCCAUGUGGAUGCUCAUUACUAUGAGCAGAAUGAGCAGCCGACGGGAACGUGUGCUGCGUGCAUCACUGGUGGCAACAGAUCCCUUGUAGCUAAUCUUGCUGCUGCCAAUUGUUACAAAAAAGAAAAACAUCUUGAUAUGGAGAAAAACUGGAUGUUGGUAGAAAAAGCAAGAGUUUAUUACAUAGCAGGUUUUUUUCUCACAGUUUCCCCGGAGUCCGUAUUAAAAGUGGCCCGCCAUGCUUCUGAAAAUAACAGAAUUUUCACUUUGAAUCUGUCUGCACCAUUUAUUAGUCAGUUCUUCAAAGAACCGUUGAUGAAAGUUAUGCCUUAUGUUGACAUACUUUUUGGAAAUGAGACGGAAGCUGCCACUUUUGCUAGAGAGCAAGGCUUUGAGACUGAAGACAUUAAAGAAAUAGCGAAAAAGACACAAGCUCUGCCAAAAGUGAACUCGAAGAGGCAGCGAAUCGUGAUUUUCACCCAAGGGAGAGAUGACACUGUACUGGCUACAGAAAGUGAAGUCACUGCUUUUGCUGUCUUGGAUCAAGACCAGAAAGAAAUCGUUGAUACCAAUGGAGCUGGAGAUGCAUUUGUUGGAGGUUUUCUGUCUCAACUGGUCUCAGACAGGCCCCUGACUGAGUGCAUCCGUGCUGGCCACUACGCAGCAAGUGUCAUAAUUAGGCGGACUGGCUGCACCUUUCCAGAGAAGCCAGACUUCCACUGAUGGAAAAGCAGGAAACCCCAGCCCAGGAGUACAGACUGCCCUGAUUGCUUCCUGAGAAUUCCCAUAUCAAUAAAGAAGAAAAUUAUCUGCCACCUUUCCUACUAUAAUAAUGUUCAUUCUUAAUUUAGAGGGUACAGUAAUGCUCAGUGGAAUCUUUAUUCUCUCAACAACCUAAAAAAUGAGGUUUAUUUCCAUAGUUUGAUAGUGCCACUUAAAUGUCAGUUAAACAAGAAUAUAACAUUUUAACAGAAAUUUUUAUUUCAUUUUCAAUUAUUUUGUAAAUUCAUGUGUAUUUAGCAAAGUGAUCAGUUUUUUUACAUACAUUUCUGCUUUGAAUGCAGAUGCAAUUUAAUAUAAUAGAUUUUUUAAAGGAAUUAAUGGUAAUACAUAAAUCUUUAGCUUUUAUACAAGUAUAUUUAAUUCAGGAGUGUGUGUGUGUAUACAUACACAGAUAUCUCAUAUAUGUACCACAUGUAUACAUGAUAAAUGGUCAAAUAAGGUACAGAAAUAUUUAUCUUGCCAAGUUAUGCCAAAUCAUUUCUUCAGUGUGUACUCAAACAUGUAAUAAACUUUGGAUAAUUAAAUAAUUUGCCAAAUUAUAAGCUAUAUUAUAAUAUUCAAAUCAUAAUCUUAUAUUUACUUAUGGUACUCUGUAAUUUGAUACAAAUAAAAACAUAUCAUAAUAGGACUUUUUUACUUUCUUUGCCCUGUUCUCAACAAACUAAGGAAGAAAGAUCAUUAUUUAAUCCU